AUCUCUUAAAAGGGUAAGGCGGAGGUUUGGAGGCGGGGCCUGUUGGUUAAAGAGUGUGGUAGAGUUCUCACACCUCAACAAUCCUCACUCCUUCAUCAAAUUCUAUGAUGUCAUGAUGACGACAGUCGUUUGUGAUGUCAUCGUCACUGUUCUUUACAUGUAACAAACGAAGGUUUGUUACUUCUGGUCAUUGCUUGCUACACCACUGACGAGUUCGGACGUACGCAAAGCGCUUUUAAAGUUGAACGUUGAUCAAGACCGAGUUUGAAUAGAGGUCGUUUUGUCCGGCAUGUCCAGUCAAAGGCCACUUUACGUCAACAGUGCGAUAAGAAGGCGUUGGGGAGCUGCACCAAAUCACCAAGGCUGGUUGGAGGUCCAGAGACUUCGGUCUCUCUUGGAAACGGAGAGAGCGAGACGGUUGGAGGAGCAACAAAAGGUAGCUUCCUUGCAAAGAGAACUGGACAGCACAAAAUCUGAGUUGCAGAAGCAGAGAAAUCUCAAAGAGAUUUUCAUCAGGAAGGGCAAAGAGAUGAAGAGAGAACUACUGGCGGUAGAAAAGUUUACCGAUCCAGAGACUCUCCGCCCUGCUGCUGUCGCUUCCAUGGUGCACAGCGAAAUAAGACACAAGAAGAAGAAGCUGCUGAAGCAGGAGUUUGAGCAACUGAAGAUUGCUCUUAUGGUCAACGAGGAAGAAUUUAUGUCACAUAUCCAGGCAGGAAAAGAAAGAUGCGACACCCUCCAAGAAGAGCUGGACCAAGUGAAGACUCGCUACGAGGAGCUUCGGUCAAAAUAUGAAGCCCAUAUUCAUAAGGGGAAGCUGCAGGUCGACACAGAGAUGUUUUACGAAGAGAAACUCAGGCAGGACCAAGAGCUCUUUGAAAACGUUACAGAUCUUUCUGCACCAAGACAGAACGCCGACGCUUAUCAGCAUGAGAAAGAAGGUCAUUUGAAAACACCAAAUAAUGACCUUGAGCUCACUGAGGAACUCAGAGCAGAAAAGGACAGUCUGAAUCAGAGAAUGGCACAAGAGUUCACAUUCCUGCAACAGGAAUCCGAAGAGGCAAGAAAACGUCUCCAAAGUGAACUGGAGCAGAUUAAAGUUUCUUACCAGCAACUUAAGGCUGCAUAUGAAAGGGACGUCUCUGCUCUAAGAGAGCAAGCACAAAUAUUUAAGCAGGGCGUAGAUAAAGAAAUAAAAGCUCUGUCACAGAAUUCAAUGAGGGCCCUAAAGAUUAUCAAUGACCUUGGAGCUGAGAAGGACAAUCUUCAAAAACAACUUUCUGCUUUCCAGCAAAUGUAUUCCACCCGGGAGCUAAGCUACCAAACGGAGCUGGAAAAUCUGAAAACGGCGAUGAGAGACAGAGAGGAACUAGGACCUCGGAGAAGGAAAGUGGCAAAAUGUCCAGACCCAAAUGAGAAAGACACGACCCCUGUAAAUAACAUCUCUGACCUUCUGUUAGAGGAAACCCUAUCAGAAGAUUUUGAGGUACCUGAUGCUUCUCCUGAGGAGCUAAGUGACUUAAUAGAGGGGAUUCUGAGAGAUGCGGGUAUUCUUGAUUUUAAACCCCUGGAAGUGACAGACCUCUGUGAGGAAACUCUGUCAGAGGAAAGGGAAAGGCCAGAUCCUGAACCCAUGGAGGCAACAGACCCCUCAACCAAAAGCUUCAGCUCAGCGAUUUCCUGCUGAAGUUCGCCGAUGAGCUCCUCUGCCCUCUUCUCUUCUGCUCUCUGCCUUUCCUCGAUUUCUG